GCGUGUCCGUCGUUCCCAGGGUUCCGUGAGAGCCGUUUGCCCCACCCCACCUCUUCUUCAACGCUAUCUAUCUCAAUGUGCAAAUCUCCGAGAAAAAAAGGGUAUCAUUCACCGCCUUCACGCCGCCAAGGAAACAUUGCGUUUGUGCGGCCGACGCUUCCCCGGCAACAGGCGCGGCUCCCCCCCGACCCCCCCUCUUCGGCUCGUUCCGAAAUACAACAACCGCCGCGUCUACUCUGGAUGAGGGCUUGAAAACACGGCGGUGGGUUCCAUGUCUGCCGCCUCACAUGUAAGCACCAUCCACCGGGGACGACGAGGGGAACCGUAGCGGGAGGACCUCCAUCCACCAACACCUGGACGUCGAGUUGCGUUCAAGGACACACCAGCCGCCUCAAGAACUGACCAACAAAAACCCCCUAAAAACAACAACAACAACAAAAACCCACCAUCGAGGAUAUUUUCACGCAUAUGACGAGGGGGAAAAAGCACCGAGGGGAAGGGGCCUUUUUAAGGGGGUCUUAAACUGUCAUUUUGUCGGCAAAAAGGAGAGCGUCCAUCGACGGUUUUCCAGUGAAGGUGUCAUUUUGAGGAAAUGUUUAUUUCUUCUUCAGCGUCGAGCUUGAAGUGGAUGUAGCCAACAUGGGCUCCGGUGGAUAUUAAGGCGAAGAGGAGGUUUCAUCCAUGUCCAUUUCACAUCCCCUGGUUGCAGAUGACUUCAUUGCGGAUUUACAGCCCGACGUCCUCGUUGCCAGUAAAUAGCCACAUCCAUCCAUCCGUCAUCCAUCCAUCAUCCAUCCAUCAUUCAGCCACGCUGGGCCAGGAGCUUUCCUCACCUCCAUGUGCAUCCCUCACCUUCUGAGCCGGGUCUUCCACUCUUGGGCCCGUCCAAGAAUUUAGAUCCCCCUUCCCCUUUUUCCUCCCUCCUUUUGCCCACCCAAGUGACCACCUUCUGAACCUAUACACUCUUGGGAAUUUUUUUUUUUUUUUUUUUUUUGGGUGGGGGGGGAAGAUGGGCUGUCUCGGCAACAGCAAGACUGAAGACCAACGGAACGAGGAGAAGGCCCAGAGGGAAGCCAACAAGAAGAUCGAGAAGCAGCUGCAGAAAGACAAACAGAUUUACCGGGCCACGCACCGGCUACUACUGCUAGGGGCUGGCGAAUCCGGGAAAAGCACGAUAGUCAAGCAGAUGCGAAUAUUGCACGUCAAUGGCUUCAACGCAGAGGAGAAAAAACAGAAAAUUAACGACAUUAAAAACAACAUUAAAGAAGCUAUAGAGACCAUUGUGUCCGCCAUGAGUACGCUCACGCCGCCGUGCCAGCUGGCCUGCCCUGCGAACAAGACCCGCAUCGACUAUGUCCAAAAUCAAAUCAACCAGAAGGAUUUCGAGUUUUCCACGGCACGGACGCUGUGUUCGCAAUCGGGGGAAAACCACACGGACAUAAAACAUUACCACCAUCAGGAGUUUUAUGACCACGCGAAGAUCCUCUGGCAGGACGAGGGCGUGCGGGCCUGCUGGGAAAGAUCCAAUGAAUAUCAGCUCAUCGACUGCGCACAGUACUUCUUAGACCGGGUGGACGUUGUCAGACAGCAGGACUACACACCAACUGACCAGGACCUGCUGAGAUGCAGAGUGCUGACGUCCGGCAUCUUCGAGACAAGAUUUCAAAUAGACAAAGUCAAUUUUCAUAUGUUCGACGUCGGCGGACAGAGGGACGAGCGUCGAAAAUGGAUCCAGUGUUUUAACGACGUGACCGCUAUCAUUUUUGUGGUGGCGAGCAGCAGCUACAACAUGGUAAUCAGGGAGGACAAUCAGACCAACAGACUACAGGAGGCCCUUAAUCUCUUCAAAAACAUUUGGAACAACAGGUGGUUACGGACCAUCUCCGUCAUCCUCUUCCUGAACAAACAGGACCUCCUCGCUGAGAAGGUUUUGGCAGGGAAGUCCAAAAUCGAGGAGUAUUUCCCUGAGUUUGCACGCUACACGACACCUGAUGAUGCAAUACCGGAGCAGGGUGAAGAUCCACGCGUCACCAGGGCAAAGUACUUCAUACGGGAUGAGUUUCUGAGGAUCAGCACAGCCAGCGGGGACGGACGCCAUUACUGCUACCCCCACUUCACCUGCGCUGUGGACACGGAAAACAUCCGGCGGGUCUUCAGCGACUGCCGCGACAUCAUCCAGAGGAUGCACCUACGGCAGUAUGAGCUCUUGUGAUGCGGGGGGGGGGCGCGCAACCUCCUCCGCACACUCACCCCUUUCUGCUCCACCCUUUUCCCUACUCCCUCCUUCCUUCCGACCACUCAGCCAAUCAGCAUCCAUGUUUAAAAAAAAAAAAAAAAGAAGAAGAAGAAGAAGCCGGGCACAUUUUUGGCCCAGUUUGGUUCUUGACAUAGGAACACACACACACACACACACACACACA